UGUAAUUAUUAUCACAAAACAUGUCCAUCAUUGCCAUCGAGUUUCGUAAUAUUACAUAGUCAGUGGAGAGUGGACACAACUCUAGUGUUCUGUGUUGUGACCAAUUUUUUUUCCUGAUUAUUUUGACAAAUCAUCGUUGAAGGUACAUCAUCUUGUCCUGUCACGCCAUGCCAAUAAUAGACGAAACAUGUCUGUUUCUCUUGGUUUUACCGACUUAACAUUUAUUCUGGAUUAUUACUAUCAAAUUGUGUGUCCGUCGUGUAACGUAAAAUUUCAGAAUUCCGGUCGGGUAUUUAGAAAACAAAAACUCAAAACAGUUCCAAUGACUACAAAAAUGAACUAUUACACUAAUGUAGUUCCAGCUGGAUUAGAAAGUGAUGACGAGUAUGAUGAAUUUGGUGAUUAUAUUGAAAAUAAAACAUAUAAUGUACAACAAAAAGCUGAAGACUUCUUAGAGACAUUACGAAGUGCAUGCAUAUCAAAUAAUGUGCCAGAAAUUAUACGUGCUUUAGAGUCAGGAAACAUUAAUAUUAACAGUUACUUGAAUAAUAACUGGACUCCACUUAUGCAAGCAGCAUUUUAUGGAUCAUUUGAUGCUAUAAAUUAUCUGUUAAAAAAUGGAGCUGAUCCUUUAUUAGAGUAUGAUUGUCACAAUGUUGUCAUGUGUGUAUGUAACUGUAGUGUUUCCGACGAAAUUACAUUAUUAAAUUGCUUAAAACUUCUAUCAAAUUUUGAUAAAAUUAACAUUAAUGCCAUAGAUAGAUCUGGAAUGACAGCACUCAUGUACGCAUGCUCUCAUGGUUCUUUGAAAUUAAUAGAAUAUUUAAUCGACCAUGGUGCAAAUAUUGAGAUUAAAGAUUAUCAGAAUGGAGAAACUGCUUUGUUUUUUGCAGUACGUUCUAAUCAUAUAGAUACUGCUAAAUUUAUUUUAUCUCGUGGUGCUCAAAAAGAUGCCACUGACAAAAAAGGUUGUACAGUCGAAAGGAUUGCAGAAAAUAAAAAUAUGGUUGAAAUUUUAAAUUUACUAAAAGCAAAUGAUGAUGCGCAGUUUGAAAUUUCUUAUUCAGAAGAAUAUACCUACUGGGAUAAAGUUAUGGCUGAAUUAGAACAUGGUUUUACUAAUGAUAUUCAAACAUUUUUGGAAACUUUAUCAAUGGAAAUCUAUGCAAACCAACUUCAUUCAAAUAAAAUAACUUUUAAACGCUUACUCUCUGCAAAUAAAAAUAAUUUUUCUGAUAUGGGAAUUAUUUUAUCACCACAUUAUAAGCUUUUAAAUAUUGCUCUUAAAUCAUUUCAUACAUCAAACUGGUCCACCUACUCUUUAGGUCUUAAGAAAGGUGAAAUUAAUGCUGAAGAUAUUGCACAGACCUUGGCAACUAUUGUCAGACAAUUGCAUGUAAUUGAUGCUUCAUUAAAAUACUUGGGAGAUCAAAGUUAUGGCUUAGAUCCACGUAAUGGACAUAAAGCAUUGAGCCUUUUGAAAAGUAUCAGAGUUAUGGAGGAAAAAAUAUUUAAAAUAUUAGAUAGUCAAGUGAGAACAAAUAAAGUCGAUUAUGUCGCAUCUCCUAAAUUAAAGAAAAAAAGUAUCAAAACAGGCAUUGAGUCUAAACUGUUUGCUGCUUCAGUUGUUAUAUUGGCAUUAUUACGUAUAAUUUAAUCAUGAUUAAUUUUGAUGAUCAGUUAAAAUUUUUUUUAAA